UCAAACGAGCCGAAUUUCAAGAUAUUUUGUAACAGCUGUCCACGGUCGUUUACAAAGAUAAACAGUCUCCAAAAACAUUAUUACAGACAGCAUAAGGCUUUAACAGUGGAAGAAGACUUAAAUGAUGGGGAAAAUGAGAACCAUUUUCAGGAGAUGUUUGACGAGGGAGAAGCACGAAGUCUAAUGCAACGCCAUGCUGCCAAAUUCCUUUUAUGUUCCAAAACAAGAGGUAUGCUCACCCAGAGUGCCGUGGACUUGGUCAAAGAUUCAGCGAAAAAUCUACUAACUGAGUAUUUGGACAUAGUCAAAAAAUCGCUUGUCGAAAAGAUAAACAGUAAUCCUGGUCAAGAAUUGCAAUUUGACCAAGAUGUGGAAAAGUUAUUUUCAGCAGAGAGUGUCUUCGACGGAGUUGAUUCAGAAUACCAACAAAGAUCAUAUUUUAAGCGUCAUUUCAAUUUGGUGGAACCAAUAGAAGUUGAGAUGGGAAAACAGUGGAGAAGUGAUUUUCGACAAGGGAGAAAAAUACUUAAACGUGUCACAGUUUUUGGUUAUCAAGUUCCAUUAUUAAAGACUUUGGAGGCACUUCUUCAAAACCCAGAUGUUUUAAAGGAAGUUGAAAAUCCACAUUUUUCAUGUGAUGGUGUUCUUCGAGAUGUAAUGGAUGGGGAUUUUUUCAAGAGUCAUCCAGUAUUCUCCCUCCACAGUGAUGCCCUGCAGCUGUUGGGCUAUUAUGAUGAUCUAGAAAUAGCCAAUCCUUUAGGUUCAAAAGCAAAGAUUCAUAAAAUUGGUGUCUUUUACUUUGUGCUGGGCAAUAUAAGGCCAAUGUUUAGAUCAAGCAUCCGCAGUAUACAACUUAUAGCUAUUGCUAAAACAAAAGACAUCAAGUCAUUUGGGAUCGAUAAUCUUUUGAUGCCAUUCAUUGAGGAUGUCAAUUGUUUGGCGAAGGCUAAUGGUCACUGUUUUACCAUAAAUGGUGUUGCCCGUGUGUUUGAGGUGAUCUGUUAUUGUGGACUGGAGAUACACUUGGUAGCAACUAUGUCAGUGGUUUCAAGGAAGGUGUUGGAGGAGCAUUGCGAAUUUGUAGGCAUUGUAUGGGAACAAGACUGGAGACCAACAAUAAGGGAAACAAUCAAUGGUGUCACUGAAGCUAAGCUUAAACAAUCAGCAUCUCAAAUGUGGUGUUUAUUCAGGUUCUUGCCAAUCAUGAUUGGUGAUAAAGUGGAUGAGCAACUGGAAAACUGGCAUUGUUUGCUGAAACUUUGGAAUAUUGUUCAAAUUUGUACUUCUCCAGGAAUAACAAAGGCUGAUGCUGCCUAUUUGAAAGUUAUGAUUAAUGAUCAUCACAAAAUGUUCAAAAAUCUCUACCCUAAUGCAUCCAUAAUUCCAAAAAUGCAUUAUCUUAUACAUAUACCUGAUGAAAUUGUUAGGUUUGGGCCACCUAGAAAUAUCUGGACCAUGAGAUUUGAGGCUAAACACAGUUUCCUGAAAAGUUCAAUUACCAAGAACUUUAAAAAUGUCCCCAAAUCACUUGCAUUUUCCCAUCAAAGGAACAUGUGCUGGAACCUUCUGAGUUCUCCCAAGCAGCCCUUGACUAAUUACCUGUAUAGUGGUGAUGUUGUUGGAUUAGGCGAUCACAAUGUUGAUUUGCACAGCCAUCCAUAUUUUGGCAUGAUAGCUCAAGCUGCUAGUGUUGAUCAACUGGCACAGCCAUGUAAAGGAAGCAGGUAAUAUUUAUCAGUUUAAUAUUGCCAAGUUGUUUUUUAAUGUAAUUAUGAAUAAAAAAUUAUAUCAUUUAUAUGACAUAAUAAAGGACUAACUACUACAAUAUUCAAUCUAGCUACUAUUUAUCAACUGAACUAUCUCUUAAUAUCACUGUGAUUUAUCAGGCAAAAACUGAAUUUGGGAUGAGAUGAAUCAUACUAUCUUAUGUUUAUCAAAUGAACUAUUGCAUUGUAAUCUAAU